AGAUACAUUUAGCAGGAAGGCAGCAAUGUGCUGGAUGCAAGGAAAAUCUGCAGAAGCUAAAUCCCACUGAAUUAUCCAUGGACGCCUAUGGAAUGAAUAGGAUAUUGAUUGUUAGCUGGUUCAUUGCAGUGUUCUUAGCAAAUAUCACAGUCUUUGCAGUGCUCAUGUACAAAGUUCAGUUUAAGAAAAAGUCGAGGUGCUUGGUGCUUCUCUCCUCACUUUACUACAUGAUUUACUCGCUCGCAAUAGCCGUCUUCUCCUUUACAACAGGCGCACAGUCUUUUCAAGAUGUCUACUGUUCUGCCUUCAUGGGGUCUCUCUGUCUUUCUAUUAUUUUGGGGAAUGUCUUCUGCGUGUUAGGUGUGACGGUUGAAAGAUUUGUAUAUAUAGUUUACGCAUUGCAGUACAAACGCAUCAUUAAUUCUACAAGGAUUAUGGGAUUCACAAUAGUGAUAUUUCUGAUAACUAUGUGCUAUAUAGUGGCAGCAACAGUUGGUGCACUAAAAUUUCAAAGAGUAACGUUCACUAAAAAUAAAACAGUGAUCUGCACUGUGGACGAAACAUCAGUGACUACUCGGAUUGUAUCCUACAUAUCACUGCUAGUCUACCUGAUAGCCUUCUCCUUAGUACCUGCUUUGUGGCUCAGAAUACACUUCCUCCGGAACAACAUUAAGAAGAUAUGUUCCUUACAGAACAAGCAUCAGAAGCAGCUUCAACUCAGACACGAGAGGUUAAAAGCAGAAAGCCAGUUUCAGCAUAAAGCGACAAUGUCCCCGCGGGCCAUGUUAGCCAGCAAAGUGGGACUCGGUAGGCUGAAGAAUGGCAUAGAUUAUCAAAAAUCUCCGGACAUCCAGCGGUGCGAUAAAACCCCCGCUCCUAGGAGAUCUGGAAGAACUGCUUCGAAAGUAAAAAGACCAAAAACAGGCUCCCAAGCUUCCUUUUUGUCAUCCACUAAAUCCUCUAAGCACACUAUCAAGAUAUUUCUUGUGUCUUUUGUUGUAUUAAAGAUUCAAUAUGUGUGCUUUUUCCCUCCCUUUAUAAAGAUAAUUGCGGAUAGUGAUAACCUCCCACUAGUAAUGAUCGUGAGCUUCGCUGAUGCUUUGUUUGGAUGUUUAAUACUGGUGGCAGCCGAUGUGGAACUAAAGCAGAUAUUUUUCAAAUUUAUCAGAAUUCUUUGCAUUGAGAAACGGUCAGGCGGUCUUAUGCGCGGUAGUCGUUAAACUAAUUAAUAAAACUUGUAAUAACAUUUCAGAUAAUAUGGGAAUUCAUGGGAUCAUGAACAAUAAGAUCGAUACAAAACUUUUUUAAUAUUCAGAUACGAAAGGUUGAAUGUUUUUAUUUAUUUUAAUUUAUUGAUUUUUAUAAAACUUGAGGCAAUUCUGGAGAAUUUGAACAUUUGGCAUUUUGACAAUUGAUGAUUGACUUGAUAAAUGGGUUGUGAAGUUG